UUUGAUUGGUGCUUUGCUGUUUCCGGUGAGCAGACGUCCGAGCGCCCGUGAAGAAUAAAGAGCUGCUGUGCCGCGUCUGAAUAACGGAAUAACGCAGAAUCCGAGUCGCGUUUUAAAGCCUCGGUCAAAGGUCAGAUCCAGCGUUCAGCAUGGCAUCAGGCAGCGUGAGCAGCGAGGAGGAGAAGAGUCUGAGGGAAUGUGAGUUAUACGUGCAGAAACACAACGUCCAGCAGCUGCUGAAGGACUGCAUCGUGCAGCUGUGCACCUCACGACCCGACAGACCCAUGGCCUUCCUCAGAGAAUACUUCGAAAGGCUGGAAAAGGAGGAAGCUAAGCAGCUCUUAAACCAGCAGAAGGCCAGUUCUCGCUCAGACUCUCGUGAAGAUGAGGUGUCUCCUCCCAUGAACCCGGUGGUGAAGGGCCGCAGGCGGAGAGGAGCCAUCAGCGCUGAGGUCUACACCGAGGAGGACGCCACCUCCUACGUCAGGAAGGUCAUUCCUAAAGACUACAAAACCAUGGCUGCUCUCGCCAAAGCCAUCGAAAAGAAUGUGCUCUUCUCACAUCUGGACGACAAUGAAAGAAGUGACAUAUUUGAUGCCAUGUUUCCAGUCACCUACAUCGCAGGAGAGACUGUCAUCCAGCAAGGUGACGAGGGUGAUAACUUCUAUGUCAUCGAUCAGGGUGAAAUGGAUGUGUAUGUGAACAGUGAGUGGGCCACCAGCAUCGGGGAGGGCGGCAGCUUCGGAGAGCUGGCACUGAUCUACGGCACCCCGAGAGCCGCCACCGUCAGAGCCAAGACCAACGUCAAGCUCUGGGGCAUCGACAGAGACAGCUACAGGAGAAUACUGAUGGGAAGCACAUUGAGGAAGAGGAAGAUGUACGAGGAGUUCUUGAGCAAAGUAUCUAUUUUAGAGUCUCUGGAUAAGUGGGAGCGUCUGACCGUGGCUGACGCUCUGGAGCCGGUGCAGUUCGAGGACAGCCAGAAGAUCGUGGUUCAGGGAGAACCAGGGGACGAGUUCUUCAUCAUCCUGGAGGGAUGUGCAGCCGUUCUGCAGCGCAGGUCAGAGAAUGAAGAGUUUGUAGAGGUCGGCAGGUUAGGACCGUCAGACUACUUCGGUGAGAUCGCUCUGCUGAUGAACCGACCCCGUGCAGCUACCGUGGUGGCGCGCGGGCCGCUCAAAUGCGUCAAGCUGGACAGGCCGCGUUUCGAGCGUGUGCUGGGACCAUGUUCAGACAUCCUCAAACGCAACAUCCAACAGUACAACAGCUUCGUGUCGCUCUCCGUCUGAGACGCCCCACCCCUAAAAACCUAUACCGCAGGGUCCACCUCACCAUUUAGCUUCUCAUUUAAGCGUUCCCAGGCUCAUUACUGCUUCAUUAAGUGCUUCCCAUGUGACUGUCACGUCAGCCGAGAGCUUUAACAGCCGCUUUCAUCGUCCGACAUUCAGAGCCAAAUGAAAGGCCAGACAAUCAAACGUACGUUCCUCCAAUCAAAUCACAGCCUUUACUCUGCAGUGUUUUUACCUUUAAUUCCAAGCAGUAAAUGAAAACAACAUAAAUAUAUUUAUAGUAGAGUUAUUCUAAAACCGUUUUAAAUUCCUAGUUUUAUAAGGUGAACUGACUACAUAAGACAGACGAGUGAUGUUUGGCUGUACUGAUUAUAUUCUUUAAGCCUUACUGCCUCAUUUCCCUCCUCUAUCAAAGCUACACGGAGAAAAAGCAGUCAGGAACACGAACAUACAUGUGGUUUUAUUUCUUCUCAUCAUUCCAGCACACACUCUCACUAUUUGUGUUUCAGUUGCUUACUGUAGUAACUAGUGAGGCCGUUCCUGUGCAGUAUCUAAACGUUUAGGGUUUAUUGUAAGAGAAACUGGCUGACUGAUUUUUAAAACUGAUAUCUCCUCAAAACCAUAGUAGUUUCUGUUCUGUUACGAUGCCAGUGCCAAACGUUGGACAGAGCCUCGCGUCUUGACUUGAAUUUAGCUUCUAGAGGUGAGCGUGACAGAUAUUUGACAGCGUGAUAAAAAUUUAAUUUGUGUAUUCCCGCAUGUGCGCCGUCACCGAAUGAGCUUUCAGUCCGAAUGUUUCAGUAUUUACCUUUUUGUCAGUAUAUGCCGAGAAAUACCAGUUUUAUUUUUUAAUAAGCUUAUUUUUCCACAAUGGUGCACAGUGGCAUAUUUA